AUGUGUGUAUUUGAGUACCGAUUGCCGCGAGUAUUGCCUAACCAGACAUCAUAUCCACAGGAAGACAGAACACCGGUGGCCGACAACUGGCCAUCAUUUAAGACAAGCCAUAAGUCAGAACUGGUGCCGAUUCCGUGCCAUAAAAACAGACAACACUUUCAGAUAUUAUCUCAACCUUUGGAUCAAUUGGUGAUCAAAUGUGAAGACAAUGAAACCGUUGUUGAAAAACUCAUCGCCGAAGACAGUCAUCGAGAGUCGAGUGAAUCCACGAAAAGACAAUCAAUGGAUGAAAGAGUUGUUCGGAAAAGAAGACAAUUGAAGCGAAAGUCUAGUCAUAAGCGAGUGAUUCGUAAACCAGUCGUCGAAGACAUUAAACCAAAGCAUAACAAGACUUCAUUCAAGACUAACACUAAAACAAAUGCCAAACAAAUGAAUGAUAAGAACGAAGACAUGAGUGAAGAGUCGGACGAGAGUUAUGGCGAAGAAUUGGGCGAAGAAUCAGACGAUAGUUAUGUCGAAACGAAGACAAAGAAAGCAAUCAAAAGACAGAAACCGACAAAAAGUGGUUCAAAAUCGAGAUCUUCUCAGCUGAUCCCAGAUUUCAAUGAAAGACAGAAAAUCGGAUCCAAAGACUGCUUACGUAGUCACAUGCAGUCGCACAACACUAACAGAAAAUUUGUGUGCGAUUUCAUUGGUUGCGAAAAGACAUUCACGAGUACCACAGGUCUGUGUUAUCACCGGCGCAGACAUCGAAGUGAACCCACGUUUAAGUGUUCAACCCAUGGAUGCGAUGAAAUGUUCUUCACUCUAAGUCAGUGCCAUAAGCAUGAGGUGUCAGUCCAUAGCCGGGCGCCCAAAUCUAAACGAAUCCGUCGAUGCGAUUGGCCGGGAUGUGAGUGGACGGGCGCUAACAGUCUUAAACACAAACUGCGACACACGGGUGAAAAGAGGUUCCCGUGUUUAUGGCCAGAGUGUGGCAAACGGUUCGGUCGUAUCGACUAUUUUAAACGACACAUGAAUAUCCAUAAUAACGUUAAGCCGUAUGCGUGUCAUUGGCCCGGAUACAAACAACACUUUCAGACAUUAUCUCAACCUUUGGAUCAAUUGGUAAACAAAUGUGAAGACAAUGAAACUAUUGCUGAAAAACUCAUCGCCGAAGACAGUCAUCGAGAGUCGAGUGAAUCUACAAAAAGACAAUCAAUUGAUGAAAGAGUUGUCCGCAAAAGAAGACAAUUGAAGCGAAAGUCUAGUCAUAAGCGAGUGAUUCGUAAACUAGUCGUCGAAGACAUUAAACCAAAGCAUAACAAGACUUCAGUCAAGACUAACACUAAAACAAAUGCCAAACAAAUGAAUGAUAAAAACGAAGACAUGAGUGAAGAGUCGGACGAGAGUUAUGUCGAAAAAUUGGGCGAAGAAUCAGACGAUAGUUAUGUCGAAACGAAGACAAAGAAUGCAAUGAAAAGACAGAAACCGACAAAAAGUGGUUCAAAAUCUUGUGUUUCUCUUCUGAUCCCAGAUUUGAAAGAAAGACAGAAAAUGUUUGAUUUGACCACAAAUUCAUAUAAAUGUCGGGAAACUGAUUGUCAGAAGACUUUUGAAACGGACGAAUCAUUUCGAAAACAUUUAUAUAGACAUCAGACAAACCGUGUGUUUAAAUGUGAAUACAAUGGAUGUGAUAAACAGUAUAGAAAUAGAGGUUCGCUUAAGAACCACGAAAUGAGCGCACAUUCGAGUGAUAAACCAUUUAAAUGUGAUUACAAUGGAUGUCGAUAUAGAUUCGAUUCCGAAGACAACUUACGUAAUCACAGGCAGAGACACAACACAAACACAAUCACAAGUUUUGUGUGCGAUUUCAUUGGUUGCGAGAAGACAUUCACGACUCGCAGUGCUCUGCGAGAGCACCGGCGCCGACACCAAAGUGGGCCCACAUAUAAGUGCUCAACCGAUGGAUGCGUUGAGUUGUUCUUCACUAGAAGUCAGCUCAUGAAACAUCAGGUCUCAGUCCAUAACCGUAAGCCAUAUGUGUAUUCGUGCGAUUGGCCGGGAUGUGAGUGGACGGGCGCUAACGGCCUUAAACACAAACUGCAACACACGGGUGAGAAGAGGUUCCCGUGUUUAUGGCCAGAGUGUGGCAAACGCCAUAUGUGUGUCAUUGGCCCGGAUGUACACACAGUUACCCCCAUUUGCCUAAUCUUCACUCACAUAUCAAACGAUUUCAUACCAAAUAAACAAUUGUCUCAAAUAAACAAACCACUCGAUCAGUACUUCACGGCUGCCAUCCCUCUGGCCAUUGGCUUCAAGCCCAACGUAGGACUAAUCGCCGGUCACUGA